AUGGCAAAGCACAUCCAGGAACUCGAAGCUGUCUGCGGAUUCCGUCAAGGUGUCGGAGCCCUCGAUGGAUGCCACUUUCCCAUUUUGCCACCAAAGGAGCACGCCACAGACUACCAUAAUUAUAAAGGCUGGCACAGCAUCGUCUUGCUGGCGCUUGUGGAUCACAAGUACCGCUUUAGGUAUGUCAACGUUGGUGCUCCUGGACGCAGCCACGACGCCCACAUGUUUGGCCUUUCAAAGCUGUCGAAGAUCAUUGACAGUCCACUUUUUGAAACCCCGCUUGCCACAAUAGGCAGCAUAGCGGUACCACCAAUAAUUCUUUGUGAUCAGGCUUUUCCAUUGGCACGAAACCUGAUGAAGCCCUUUGGACACCGCGGUGCAAUGAACGACGCUGAAAAAAAAUUUAACUAUCAUUUAUGUGCAGCGAGGAGAGUAGUAGAAAACGCAUUCGGGAGGCUUAAGGCCCGGUUUCGUUUCACAGCAAAGAGGAUGGAGUGUCGUGUGGACAAUGUCCGUUUGGCAAUACGAGCGUGCUGCGUGCUAAGCAACAUUUGCGAGCACUUUAACGACAGUGUCCACCCGCAGUGGUUAAGUGAGGUGCAGCAGUGCGAUGCUGAAUUUCCACAGACAUCACGCGCAACAGAAGCACAAGUUGGAAAUGGAGCAACCAUAAGGGGCGCGCUUGUACAAUAUUACAGCCAAAGGAGCUGAAACGUUGAACAAAAAAAAACUAUAACAGGGGAUUAGUUUUUGGUGAAAAACAACACCAUAGCAUCAACAAGCUUCUCGUGCAACUUGAGUGACUUGUUGCGAAUCUCCAUCUCCGCCUUGUGUGCUGCUUCGAACUGCUCUCUUAGGAGCCGCUGCUCCUCGAGCAUCUUCGCCUGGAAGUCGGCAGUUGUGGCCCGUCGCUUCCUCCGGGUGCCAUCCGAGCAUUCACUUGGAA